AUGUCUCCGACAGCGCAUCCCCUCGACCCCGUCUCACCUCAGGAGCUCAGCACUGCCACCCACGUCGUCAGGACAGCGCACGCAUCCAUCGCCCCACUUCAGUUCCAGGCCAUUUCUCUCCUCGAACCUCGCAAGGCCGAGCUCUCCGCAUGGCUCGUGGACCGAUCUCGAGCCCCUCGCCCAGCGCGUGUCGCUGACGUGACGGUCAUUGCGGCAGAGGGGAAGGCGUACGAUGGCUUCGUCGACCUGAAGAGCGGCAAGAUCACAAAGUGGGAGCAGCUGGAUGGUCUCCAGCCGAUUAUCACACUCGAGGAGCUCCAGAACGUGGAGGAGAUUUGUCGGCAAGACCUCAGGGUCAUCGAGCGAUGCAGGAUCAACGACAUCCCCGCGUCAGACAUGCACAAGGUGUAUUGCGACCUGUGGAUCAUUGGGCACGACGAGCGCUACGGGAACGCGACGCGGAGGGACAUCGUGCUCAAUGACCUUCGGCUCGUGGACAAGGGUGUCGAGCGGCCCAUCUUCUACCGCAUGUCGUUGGCCGAGAUGGUCGUGCCCUACGGCAAUCCCGAGCACCCCCAUCAACGCAAGCACGCGUUCGACCUGGGUGGAUACGGCGCCGUACACCUCACCAACAGUUUUGCCCUCGGCCGCGACUGCAAAGGUACCAUCCACUACCUGGACGCGGACUUUGCCCGUCACGACGGCGGCGUACGCCACAUCAAGAACGACAUCUGCCUCCACGAGGAGGCCGCCGGCAUCCUGUUCAAGCACACCGACUUUCAGGACGACUCGACGAUUGUGACGCGGGCGCGGAAGCUCGUGGUGCAGCAGAUUUUCACGGCGGCCAACUACGAGUACGCGAUCCAGUCGAUCUUUCACCAGGACGGCACGAUCCAGCCCGAGAGCAAGCUCACGGGCAUCCUCAACACGUACGUAAUGGCCGAGAACGAGGACACGCACGACUGGGGCACGCAGGUCUACCCGGGCGUCAACGCGCACAACCACCAGCACCUCUUCUGCCUGCGGGUGCACGCCAACAUCGACGGGCCCCACAACACCGUCUUCGUCUCGGACACGGUCGCCUCGGACGCGCCCGUGGGCAGCCCGGCCAACAAGUACGGCAACGCCUUUUACGCGCGCCAGACCAAGCUCGCGACCGAGGGCGAGGCGCGGACCGACUAUGACGGGGUCACGAGCCGGACGCUCGUGAGCCGCGAGGUGCCCGGCCUGCUGCCCAAGGCGGGCUCGCUGGUGUGGGAGCGCGCAGGCUUUGCCAGGCACGCCGUGCACGUCACGAAAUACCGCGACGACGAGCUCUGGCCCGCGGGCCGCCACGUGCCGCAGACAGACGGAGAGCCAUCGAGCGGACUGCCGGCGUGGAUCGGCGACGGCGCGACGUCCAUCGACAACACGGACAUUGUGCUCUGGCACACGUUUGGGGUCACGCACAUUCCGUUGCCCGAGGACUUUCCCAUCAUGCCGGCCGAGACAAUGACGCUGCUACUGCGGCCGCGCAACUUCUUUGCGAGCAGCCCGGCCAUGAACGUGCGACCGUCGUACUGCAGCACGCCCGAGCCAGGUCGCCCAGGGGAGUAG